AUGUCACUACGCCAGCUUUCCCUUGCGCUACGGACUGCAAGACGGGUGCAAUUAGAACCAAAGAGGUGGCGCCAACAUGGACGUCUCUUCGCGCGCAGUUGCUCUUGUUCUGCGCCCCACCAGUUGCAGCACACGGUGACCGUCUCGUCUGAAGCACCCGCCAGUGCGCGAUUGAACCCUACAGCCGGCACCCCGCCUACACCUCCUCUCGACCAUCGAGCCCUCGCGCAAACACACAAUCUCUUCAUCACAUCUCCAUAUAGCCCCGGCUCGCCGCUCAUCCUUCCCAACGGUGCCUAUGUCUUCCAGAAGUUGCAGUCGUUCCUGCGUGCGCAAUAUCCACAGUUCGGCUUCCAAGAGGUCAUCACGCCCAUAAUAUACAAGAAGUCGCUAUGGGAGAAGUCCGGGCACUGGGACAAUUAUGCCGAGGACAUGUUCAGUGUGCAGGGAAGAGGGACAACGGCGCAAAUACCUGAAGCAGAAGGCGGAGAGGACGGCGAGUUCGGUCUGAAGCCUAUGAACUGCCCCGGCCACUGUUUGCUGUUCAGGGACGAGAUCAAGAGUUACAGAGAUCUCCCAGUCAGGCUCGCCGACUUCAGCGCUCUGCACCGGAACGAGAUCUCAGGCGCUUUGACAGGUCUGACCAGAGUCAGGCGGUUCCACCAGGACGAUGCGCACAUUUUCUGUCGGCCAGACCAAAUUCUGGCAGAGAUUGAGCAGACGCUCAAGUUCGUGGGCAUGGUGUACAACACGUUUGGACUGGGACCCUACAAGCUGCUUCUCUCUACUCGGCCCAAGGACAGCUUCAUCGGCACCAUCGAGGAGUGGGAUCGUGCAGAAGAGCAGUUGACUACCGCGUUGAACAACAUCGGAAGUGAAUGGGCAAUCAACGAGGGAGAUGGAGCGUUCUAUGGCCCAAAGAUUGACAUCAUUUUGAAAGACUCGAAUGGCAAGGAGCAUCAGACGGCAACCAUACAGCUCGACUUCCAGCUGCCGCAGCGCUUCGAUCUGCAAUACCAAGCGUCACCGGACGAAUUGGAGGCAGGACCGCAGUCGUCUAUGGAUGCAGGACUGGAUCCGGCUCUUCGCCGCCCAGUCAUUGUACAUCGCGCCAUCUACGGUUCCAUCGAGCGUUUCAUGGCUCUAUUGAUUGAACACUACGCUGGCAAAUACCCAUUCUGGCUUUCGCCUCGACCGGCCAUUGUCUUGUCGCUGAACUCAGACCCCAAAGUUCUUGAACACGUCUCGCGCAUUCAAUCUGUUCUUUCCGGUCUCACGCCUUCUGACGCACCCGCAACUUCGUUAUCGUCGCCCAAGCCCUUACCGUUAUCGACUAUACACCUACCCAUUGACGUCGAUACGAGUGACCGCUCGCUUGGAAAGAAGAUUGCUGAAGCCAGGACAAAGAAGUACAACCACAUCAUCGUCGUUGGCGGUAAGGAGGUGGAGAGCGGUAGCAUGAAUCUUCAGAUCGUGAACCAACCAAACGAGGAGUCCACUGUAGACGCGCUACAGGUUUCGUUAGGCAAGACACUCACUGAGAAAGAGCGAUCGAAGGCCACCGUGAACGUCGACCUGGAUGGCGCCAGGAAAUACUUCGAGAAACUGGCCAACUCUCACGUCUACGACAAGAUCAUUACCGUCGCGGUCGGACCGGACAAUGCCAAGAAGAAGUUCAAGAUCUAUCGCGGGCUCCUGUGUCACUUCUCCAGCUACUUCGAUCGCAUGCUCAACGGUUCUUUCCGGGAAGGUGGCUCAACGUACCUUCGACUAAAGGAUACCGACGCCGACACCUUCGACGUGUUCUUCUAUUGGCUCAAUUCUGGUGUUGUAGGUCUGGCGGACAGCGGAGGCCUUCUGGACUGGGGGAAGGUAAUGAAGGCCUACGUGUUCUCCGACUUUCAUCAGGCGCCUAUCUUCAAGAAUGCUGUCUUGGAAUCUCUAUACACUCGUUGGCUGUCAGAGAAUGUGGUCGCUGUCGAUGUUACAGAAUUCUUGUACACCAACACAUCUGAAGGGGACAGUAUGAGGAAGCUCAUUAACUUUAUCAACAACAUCUACACCUCUUUCAAAGAAAGCAACUCCAACACUAUUACGAUGAGCCACCCAUUAGCAUGGUGCGCACACCCGUGGACCGCGCCUACCAUCACCAACAGGCACGACACAGUCACGAUCAAUGUCGGCUCCGGCAAGAAUAUCCAGCAGUAUGACCUACAUGUCGAAGCACUCAGGGCGCGCUCGCGACACUUCCACGAGGCCCUUUCAGCCUCCUCAAACGAGGAGCGCACAGCGAUCCACCUCGCGUGCUCUACGCCACUGCGAUUCGACGUCUUCGCCAACUGGCUCUACAACGGCAGCCUAGACUCCAGCAAUGACACCAGUUCGAGAUACCUCUUCUUAUGCGAACUCCACGUAUCUGCCGACACCUUCGAUAUCCCGCUCCUGCGCAACAAGAUUGUGGAUGUGUUCUUCAACAAGCUUUUGCGCGACGCCCAGCCACUGCCAUACGACAUCAUGAAGUACAUCGAGGAGCAUCUGAGGGACUCUGCUUUGAGGACCAUGAUGCAAGACAUUAUGCUGAACUGCGGUGAGACGGAGGACAUGGCCGAGUGGAAGGUCAACCUUGCGAAGGGCUUCAGGAUGGAAGGUGGUAGAAACAAAGACGUCGCUGAGACAAUUGGCAGGAAUUCAGAUGGGAGAGAGUACUUGGUCGCGUUGAGGGGCAAGGUAUGCGAGAAAUAUCACGAGCAUGUGGAGAGAGAUGAGAUGGUCGUGGAACGUGAGGAGGUGUGGUUCUUCGAUCCACCUCUAAUCUAA